GCAAACCGGGACCGAAGUGAGGAAGGAGAGUGCGGACGAACGCAGCUCCGGGAGACAGAGGGCGAGGGCAAAUUCAUCGGCUCAUAAUUCGUUACCUUCGUUCGGCAUCUCCUUCGAUUCACAAGCAAUUGGUCACCUUCUGUGUGCACUUGGGAAGUCUCAAUUUCGAUUUGGACGAGCUUGUUCAGAUUCUUACGCUGUAGGGGACGGACGUGUACGAGGAUCGUUGAGGAACCAGAAAUUUUGUGCAUCGAUUUUCUGGUACUGCAAUGGGUUGGAGAAAGAAAACGAAGGCGCCCUAUGGGCCCGGGUUGGCGUUGUUGAAUAAGCGGAAGGUCGAGGGUGAUGAGAUGAGGGCCAAGGGCAAGGGUAUAAAGACUGUGAUGGAAUCCGUGAUGGAGGUGCGUGACCUGGAUGAGGUCAUGGAGCAGGCUGAGCUCGCUGGUCGCAUCUUUUCAGCAAAUAAUCCUCUUCCCGAGCUUCUGAUCUCUGCGGAAGCCGAGGAAGCCAGCACUAGUCUCACUUUCGAAGGGAGAAGGGAGGUUCGGGAGACUGAGGAGGCCAUGUACAGAGCGAAUUUGACCGUUCCCAGAAGACCCGAAUGGAACAGCGGUAUGACAGCAGAUGAAUUGGAUGCUCAUGAGCGAAAAGCUUUUUUGACGUGGCGUCGAGGACUAGCCAGGCUCGAGGAUAAUGAGAAACUAAUCAUCACACCAUUCGAAAAAAAUAUCGACAUUUGGAGGCAACUUUGGAGGGUCUUGGAGCGCAGUGACUUGGUUGUAGUCGUUGUCGAUUCGCGAAACCCGCUCUUUUAUCGAUGUGCCGAUCUUGAGAACUAUGCUCGCGAAAUCGACCCGAACAAGAAAGUCAUGUUACUUCUCAACAAAGCAGACUUGUUAACAGCCUCUUCAAGGCAAAAAUGGGCCACGUAUUUGAAGGCUCAAGGGAUACCAUUUUUGUUUUGGUCUGCGAAGAUCGCCUCAGCAGAACUUGAUGGUAAAGGUCAGCCCUUGCCUACAGACGUCAACCUCUACAGUCAGGAAGAAAUCAUUGAUGAUAAUGAGGACACCCAUGUAUAUGAGAGAGAAGAGCUUCUAGAAAGGCUGCAGAAAGAAGCAGAGGCCAUUGUGGAGCUGAGGAAAAUCGCCUCUAGGUCCGCCUUGGCGCAACACGUUGAAGGAGAGGGUUCUCUUCAGAAGAGUGAAGGAUCAGAGAGUGCGGAAGGCAAAAGAGCUCCCCAGGUCGCUGUGAAGACUGGACACUCAGGAAGGGUCGUGGUAGGAUUUGUCGGAUAUCCCAAUGUGGGAAAGAGUUCCACCAUCAAUGCCUUAGUGGGAGAAAAGAAGACUGGAGUAACUUCGACCCCAGGAAAAACCAAGCAUUUUCAAACUCUUAUCAUCAACGAGAAGCUCAUGUUGUGUGAUUGCCCAGGUCUGGUCUUCCCUUCCUUUACAACCUCAAAAGCAGAGAUGGUGGCAUGCGGGGUUUUGCCUAUCGACAAGCUGACUGAUCAUAGAGGACCCGUCCAAGUCGUUUGUGACGUUGUGCCCAAGUCAGUCCUACAAAAGAUCUAUGGGAUCUCACUUCCUGAGCCGAAGUUGUAUGAACCUCAAGACCGACCUCCGACUGCAGCAGAGUUGCUUUUCGUGUAUGCCGUUUCGCGGGGAUAUUUUGCUAACAGCGGUCUGCCGGAUGAAACGCGGGCUGCUAGGCUGAUAUUGAAAGACUAUCUGAGUGGCAAGCUUCCGUACUGUAUACCUCCUCCCGAAGAGGCCGGUUCCAGUGGGAAGGGCAAGAGCAAGCCAAAGCAAUUAGGAAAGAGUGUAUCACAACCGGAAGUAGACGUUGAAUCAGACGGAAGCUCUGAAGGUGAGUACGAAGACGAAGACGAGGACGAAGACGAGGAAGCCGGAAGUGACGUCGACGAAGAGGAAGAAUCAGAUUCAGAGAUUGGGGUUAGCUCCCAGUCGUUGAAGGGUUUAAAACUCGACGAAGGUGAAGGACAGAGGUCGUCUUCGCCUUCUGAAGCGAGUCAGGCAGCAGAUCGAGAAUCAAAGCUUUUAGGUGUGGUUGAUACUUCAGGAGCUAACUUAGACAGGGUAUUUGAUGAUCUUGACUCUAGUUUGGGAAGUGAUCUUAGACAAACAAAGGGCAAGAAGAAGGUUGUUACAGCUCCACAUAAAAUGCAUAAAAAGGCCGCAAGGAAGAAAGACCGCUCCUGGAGGGCUGGUAGUAAUCAAGAAAGAGUUACGCCCCCUGUAGUACGCGGAGUGAGGAUACCUGUGAGUCACGGUGCUGCCGAUCUCUAUCAGGUUCAAGCCUCAGCGUAAGCUUGCUAGUCCAUACAGUAAAAGUGUUGUGAAGGAUCUCGAGGUACGCAUUUGUGCCAAUGACAAGCGAAUUUCUAUGUAUAGUAGGCAUUUUUUCUCAUCCUCAUUGAUGGAGAGACCCUCUUCACGACUGUAGUUUUAACUACUGAUAUUUACACUGCGAAGCCGCUCUUUCCAGAUUCCUCCACCCAAUUGGACAUGUGUGAGAUGUUUUAAUCGUCUUCUGUGAAUAAGCCAAGUGUGUGGACCAAGGCAGACAAAUGCAAUCGACGAAGAGGCAAGCUUUCUCAUAUAUGAAAUUCAGCUAACCUGCUAAAUGAUGUAAUGUAUCAAGUGUUGAAAGGAGA